GACUACCAUGAGCAGCUCCAGAGGGACGCCCAGUUCCUGUGCUCAGACCAGAGGAUGGACACUGAACUGGUGGACAGACUGGUGCUGCAGCUGAACAGGAUCCACCCCCAGAUACUCAACGACAAGGAAGCUCACAGGUUCAGGAUCCUGAGCGUGCCCACCCAGGUGCGGUUAGCCGAGCUGCUGAAGCACCUGCACUGGAAGGGGGAGGAGGCCUGUCAUGAAUUCUACAGAGGACUCCACAUCCACGCUGAGGACGUCUACUCCAGCCUGCCCACCAGAGUCAUACAAAAAGAGUUGGCCGAUUCAAAAUGGACGAACUCUGUGGCAAUCCAUCCAGAGCGUAAUGUGCUCAACGACAGAGGGCCAAUGUUCUUUCUGAGCUGUUUCAGUUUUGCAUUUGGUGUUGCAAUGCUCUACUAUUAUGGAGAGGGUGAAACAUUGAAGAACACAGGUCCAUUUCUUCACUGUUCUGCAGCAAGACUUAGUAAAGGUGCUAAAGAUGUUUUCACUUCCCAUGCUGAGGUUGGAAAAUGGAAAAUGCUUAAGAAGUAGCCCUGUGAGGAGGACAAGCCGUGAAAUUUGCCUCUAUGCUGUGCCAAACUCAUAUAGACUUUGAGCUAAGAAUUCCACAUAUUUAUAAGCACUAAUUGACUUGUUUUUUAAUCUGAAGAUGACUUUACCGUGAGUCAUUCUGUCUUGAAUUCCCACUGUCGACAUCUCUUUACAUGGAAAGAAAUGCAAUUAGUGUUAUCUGGAUUUAUUGUGUGUAUAGAACAAUUAUAAUUUUAAUCAUUUUUUCAGCUUGAAAUCAAAAUGUUGUUAAAUGUGUUAAAUUAACUGAAAAACCACCCACACGGGUGAUUUUCAAUCCAUCCGGCUGAUUAAACCUCAGCUGAGUGGAGUUACAUUAUGUUACCAAACAUAAUGAGCUUAUACAAAAAUAAAAACAACACCAUUUUUAACAUGUGAAAAGUAGUGACGGCAAGAAGGGCAACCCAGAGUAAAUGAAUCGAAAAU